AAGAAGCGGAAGUCUCGUUGUUUGACUGGGAUGUGUGGCUGGCGGCGGGAUAGCUGUGCUGUUUGUUAUUAGUGAGUUUGAAGAAGACAGAGCUCCAGAAUCCAGAGUGAGUCCAGCAGCCCCAGUGGAGAUCUGCUGGAUCUCAGGACCAGAGAGGAAUGGAGGAGGACAACCAGAACCAGGAGCAGCGGAGCACCGAGGUCCCCAGAAGACAAGCAGCAGACUGGGACUCUGAUAGCAGCCAUGUUCAGAAACGGAGAGGAGAGGGACCCAAACAUCACCACUGUCAACACUGUGAGAAAUACUUCACAUCAUCGAAAUAUUUAAAGAUUCAUCAGAGAGUUCACACUGGACAGAAUCUACACAGCUGUGAUCAAUGUGGGGCAGCUUUCAUACAACAGAAUACCCUAAGAAGACAUCAACGCAUUCACAGUGGAGAGAAGCCGUACAGCUGUGAUCAAUGUGGGGCAGCUUUCACACUAAAGGGUAACCUAAAAAUACAUCAACGUAUUCACACUGGAGAGAAGCCGUACUGGUGUGAACAAUGUGGGAAAACUUUUACUAGGAGUGGUGGCCUAGAAAACCAUCGACGUGUUCACACUAGAGAGAAGCCGUACAGGUGUGAACAAUGUGGGCAAAGUUUUUCUGAGAGUGGUAGCCUUAGAAGACACCAGCUCAUUCACACUGGAGAUAAACCUUACAGCUGUGAUUUAUGUGGGACAGCUUUCACACAACCGAGUACCCUAAAAAACCAUCAACGCAUUCACACUGGAGAGAAACCGUACAGAUGUGAUCAAUGUGGGGCAGCUUUCACGCGACAGAAUACCCUAAGAAGACAUCAACGCAUUCACAGUGGAGAGAAGCCGUACAGCUGUGAUCAAUGUGGGGCAGCUUUCACACUAAAGGGUAACCUAAAAAUACAUCAACGUAUUCACACUGGAGAGAAGCCGUACUGGUGUGAACAAUGUGGGAAAACUUUUUCUCAUAGUGGUAGCCUAGAAAGCCACAGACGUGUUCACACUGGAGAGAAGCCGUACUGGUGUGAUCAAUGUGGGAAAACUUUUUCUCACAAUGCCUAUCUGACAGUUCAUCAGAGAGUUCACACUGGAGAGAAGCCGUACAGCUGUGAUCAAUGUGGGGCAGCUUUCACACUACAGUGUAACCUAAAAAACCAUCAACGCCUUCACACUGGAGAGAAGCCAUACAAAUGUGAUCAAUGUGGGGCAGCUUUCACACACCAGGGACACCUAAAAUUACAUCAACGCAUUCACACUGGAGAUAAACCUUACAGCUGUGAUCUAUGUGAGAAAACGUUCACCACUCCAGGAGAAAUUGAAAUCCACCGACGUGUUCACACUGGAGAGAAGCCGUACUGGUGUGAACAAUGUGGGAAAACUUUUUCUCACAUUAGUAACCUUAAAAGACACCAGCUCAUUCACACUGCCUCGUAGUGAACAUGUUUCUGAGCCAAGCUGUUUCCUCCUGCCUCCUCCUCAUGCCCUGAUAGCUGUGUUGUUAUAUUCUGAUCUUCUCUCCACAUUGAAGGCUGACCA